AUGCAAGUCGCAGUACAUCAAGAAGAUGCUGAUAUCUUGCUCAAGCAAAAGAAUAUCCUUAAUGAGGAUGUAGUGGAAAAAUAUAGAGUUGCAGGUCAAAUUACUCAAACAGGAUUGACUUAUCUUACAUCGUUAAUCAACAAUUCAUAUCAUUUGGGCACAACUGCCAAAUUGACAAUCCAACAGCUAUGUUUAUUGACCGAUUCAUUUUUGACUGAGUUGUUAUCUCAGCAGUAUGUGAAGAAAGUUGAUGAAAAGGGUCUUGCAUCACCAACAACCAUCAAUGUAAAUGAAUUAUUGAUUGGAUUUGCACCUGAAAUCGAUGACGAAAGAGGGUUAUAUUUAAAUGAGGGAGAUGUUGUAACUGUUAGUUUGGGUGUCCAGAUUGAUGGUUAUACCUCCAAUUUGACCCAUACUUUGGUCAUUUACCCAACAAAUGCAGAAUUGAAACCAAAUGGGCCAUUGUUGGGAAAUAACGCCGAUGCCAUUUGUGCCACUCACAUUGCGACCGAGGCUGUUGUCGCAUUGCUUGGGGCUUCAUUGUCACCCGAGAAACUUCCUAACCAGCUCAAAAAUAGUGGCAAUACCAUCACUGGUACUCAAAUACGUCAACUUGUUGAUGCUGUUGCUGCUUGUUUCAAUUGUAUUGUUGUUCCUGGUUCCAAAGUGAGGAGAAUUAGAAGGUUUUUAGCUGGUCAAGCCGAGGGGAUAGUUGCUGAACGUGAUUUCAAAGGUGUUGUUUGGGAUGAAUCUCAUCAAGAAGCCAGUCUCUUGGAGCAAAGUUUGCCAUCAACACAAUCUACAGAUUUGAUUACUCAGGAUACGACAAAACCAAUCGCAACGGCUAACUCUAGUGCUAUACCAACUGAUGAAUUUGUUGUUGUUCCAGGAGAAGUUUAUCAAGUCGAUAUACGUCUAUGUGGAGUCAACUCGGAGGAAUUGGGAAUUGUUACUACUGAAGAAAUUGACCAUUUCACUGGCAAAAAUAAUAAACAGGAUUUUACUUCUAAAGCAUCAAUAUUUAUACGUGAUUUUGCCAUUGUUCAUCAAUUGAAAUUGAAAACAUCAAGAAAGCUUUUGGGUGAGAUUGACAAAUCGUUCUCCGUAUACCCAUUCAAAUUGGAUUUUGCUAGUAAAGCAUUCCCCAUCAAAGUUGAUGCAAAUGAAGACGAGAUUAGAUUACAAAUUGAUCAAUUACGAGAAGAUUUAAAGACAUUUAGAUUGGGUGCAGCUGAGUUGAGUAAUCGUCACCUUGUACAAAGUAAACCUAUUCAAAUCACCAAAUUCGUCCCAUUAAAGGAGAUUUUGCUAACUACAAAUCCAACAGGUAAGCAUGGUAUUGAUGCUGCUAAGCCAGUAUUACCAGGUAUGGAGAUUCCUUUACCUCAGUUGAACAUAUCGUCAAUCAAGUUGAAAUCUUUGUUGAAAAAAGGUCACAAUAUAUCUAAUGUUAGAGAAGCCACCACUGUGUUGAUCAAUAAUCAGACUCAAGAAGUGUUGAGAUUGAAUGGAGGAGAAUCGACUGCCAGAGUAAAUUGGAUACACUCUCAGUACAAGUUGUCAACUGAGUUGAAUACAGUGAUUACACAUUUAGUACAAUUGACUAAAGAUAGUCGUUUUGGUAUCAAAGUUAAGGAUGUAAAUCCUUACAAAUUGAUUCAAAACAGUUUGGGAGUUGAGUCAAUGCAAAUGGAUUAG